AUGUCUCUCAGCAACGAGUACGGCUCAGUCACUUGGCCGUUGAAGUCGUUCGCCAUCAGCGAUGACUUCAAGUCCCCAGGUUCUGCCCAGCUGCUGCUUGACCGUGCGAACUCUGAGUUCGGACUGAUCUAUCAAACUGAGCCUGGUGUCGCCGUUAUGGCACAGUUUCCCGACACCGAUGAACCAGUCUUCUUCCAGGUGUCCAAGGCGCGAGCAGUCUGCACUCGCUUUAACAAGUCAUGCAAAAAAGUCUGCGUACUUAUGCAGCAUCUACAGAUAGAUCUGAACUUCACAACGGGUGUCGACGCUGAUGACUUUCUGCACACGCUGAGUCGCCUUGCUACCAAAGUGGGCAAUCUUCACUUUGAAGUCCAUGAAGCCGCGUCUAGUCAUGCAAUUGCACGCGCCGACUUCAGCAUGGAAAAGGAAGGCUACACCAACCACAGUUCUCAGGCUUGGAUGGCCGUCCCAAGCGAAAACAUGCCAGAAUGGGCCCGCAUCUACAAGACCGGCAAAUGCUCUGAUUUCUCCAUCAUUGCUGGAGGCAGGGUAUUUCCUGUCCAUCGUGUCCUACUCUGCAUGCGCUCACAGUACUUCAAUGCUGUCUGCGACGGAAAUUUUGCAGAAGCCGAACAGCGCUCCAUUACCUUGCCUGAGAACGAUCAGACUGUCAGCACGAUGCUUCAAGAGAUGUACCAAGUGUACAACCCGACCACGGGAUCGAUCUUUACCAACUUUGCACUCCAACCCGCAAUCGAGAAAGAUCGUAUCAUGGGUAAUUUGUUAGCUCUCUUCGUUGCUUGCGACAAGUACAAUCUCGAAUCGAUCAAGCAGAAAGUGGUCGAGACAAUCAUUGACCGUCUGCCAUUCAUCCACGAUCCUCUGAGUCUUGUAGAUCUGGCUUCGAGCAUCUACAGUGAUACGUGUCCAGCAGUCGACAGCGGUCUCCGUAAGGCGAUCACUCUGCAGCUGCAUGCUCGGUUGCCUGCAAUCAUGGAAGAUGAGGCUGCAUGGCAGGAUUAUUCAGAGGACAAAGCUCUGCUCAAGGCACUCCACUCGCACCAGUGCGGCAUUCAGGAUGCCAUGAGGCCUUUUGGUAUAUCGACUCCGCCGGCUAGCCCUACGAAGAAGGGAAAAUAG